UCAUAUACAGUUGCAGAUUACGCCUUUGAAUUUUCGCGUAAAGGAACUAGUGACCAUAUCAUCAUCACAAGUAGUAUGCCAAGCCUUACAGCAGUGGCUGUUUGUCUCUGGAUGAAAACCGCUGAUACCGACAAUGAAGGAACACAACUGAGCUAUGCUGUUCCUGGAACACACAACGAAUUGACUUUGUGGAACUAUAAGAAAUUGGGAUUAUCUGUGGGAGGAAGAAGGUACAAUGUUUACUUCUUUAAUUGUUCGGAGAAGUUCAUUCUUGAUGAAAUGAAUGCAAGUCGGCGGAGCAUUGGGUUGAAGUUAAUACCGUUGAUUGCAACCCAUCGCAUGUUAAGGUCUUCUUAAAAGGAUUGAAUGCACAUCAGAUUCAAAAUCUGUCUCACUGAUAAAAAUGUACGUCCGAUGGAGUUAAUGAUAAUUAUAUCUUUGUAGGAUGAAUUUAUUAUUAAACGUACUUUUUGUGCUGUUCUUCUAAAGAAGUUCUUCUUCCGUCUCUGCCAACGAUGGAAAGUGGCACCACAUCUGUGUUACUUGGGAGAAUAACGCUGGAUCUUGGAAACUGUUCAAAGAUGGCUCCGUUGCGGCUUCUGGGACAAGUCUCAAAACUGGUGAACUCUUCUUUAAACAGUUAUUACAACACGAAUAAUUGACGAUAUUUGAGUGUAUCAAUCAUGAUAGGAGGAGUUUUUCAGUUUUUUUCGCCAUAGAUUUAUCAAUUUCAACAUAGAACCAAAUCAGGAAGGUGAAAUUUACAAAACAAAACAAGUCUUGAACAUGUAAUACAGUGCUUAAUACUAUGGUAAAUUAUUGUGAUUGAGUUAACUAGAAGGAAAGUAUGCCCAUAUUUUCACUUUUCCAUGCAUAGUUCUCCCCAAAGACUGACCGCUCAGUCAAAGGAACAAACAGAACGCUUGACAUACAACUAUGACUGAUUUUGAACUGUCAUUGAUCUCUCAUAUUCAUUUAGUAAACUCGAAAGGAAAGUUUGUCCAGAACGUCCCUUGGUGUUUAUGUGUCUUAAUUCUUUGCUCAGUCAGAUAAAAGCUAACUUGAAUCAUUAUACUUAGUGUUAUGGUACAAAGUUCCAUAUUUUUUCUCGAUUGUGGUUUGACAGGUCAUGUAAUUCGUGGUGGAGGAGCCCUGGUACUAGGACAAGAGCAAGACUCAGUGGGGGGAUCCUUUCAAUCCUUUCAAAGUUUCAUUGGUGAAAUGACAGGUGUCAAUAUCUGGAAUCACGUGAUUCUUGACCAAGAAAUCGCACGCAUGUCGCAGUCGUGCCUGACAGGGGUGGGGAACGUGUUUCAAUGGCACGACUUCAAGGCUCACGUGAAAGGUUCAGUGAAGAUAAUUAAGCCGUCGUGUUAA